AUGUCUUUGCUCGGCCUGCCCACGGAGCUCCUGGACGACAUCAUUCUCCAAGUCUACAACAACGGCGACCUCAAAAGCAUAGCGCAAUCAUGUAAGCGAAUCUACCAGCUCAGCAAGCCACACUUGGAGCAGGACCACAUCUUCAGGCGACAAUGGAGACACGUCGCAGUGUCCGAGAAGCAGUCAAUCUUUUCAGUGCUUGCUGCCAUCGCAAGAGAGCCUGUCAUCGCUCGAUUUGUCCGGGACUUGGACCUGAGAUCCGCUGACGAAUCUGCCGACGAACGAACGCGUAGAGUCAGAUUCGAGCCUCAAAAUGGGGGAUACGUGAAAUAUGGAGAGGACGCCGAAUUCGUGCGCACGCUGGUGCGCUCUUUGCCGCAGCUCACUUUGGCGAAACACGAUGCAAGUGACUGGAUAGUUAUGAUCAUGCCACUGAGAGUGGCCGUGCGGCGAGCGAGGGACCAGGAUUUUCCAACAUCUCGAGAUAUGGUCAUGCAUCGUAUUGUCUUGCUCUUGACGCUACUUCCAAAUCUGGAGCGACUUAGACUGCCGAAAUUCUGGGCUCGCACAGAAGCCGGAGAACCAGAGACGUGGAAAGAAGUUCUUUCUGUCAUGGUGAACGUGGCAAACGAUCGUCGAGAUAUUCUGGGACCAGAAGGGCACUCUGAGGCACCUCUCGCGAGGCUGGGGCAAUUGCUACCCUCCCAAGAGACCGAUGAAGACGGAAGAUGUCGAGCAGGCCUCAAGGAGGUUGCACCGCUUUUCCUGCUACCAGGCUUGGAGCAAGUACACAUCAUGAAGUAUAUGGCCCACAGCAAUGACAACAUGUAUUCAGGCAUCUCGUUCGACUGGUCUGGCUCACCUAGAGUGUCUCUCGGCGACGCCAUGUCGAAUGUACGCUCUCUCCACUUCGAAGCUUGUUGCAUCGACGCUGCAAACAUCGGUCGCAUACUGGAGCGCAUGUCGGCUCUCACAUCAUUGAGGUAUUCUCACCACGCCACAUGGAACGGCGCCGGCCACAACUGGAAUGCAGGAGCCUUUGCUGCUGCAGUCUCAGCGCACUGUGGGUCGCAACUCACACAGCUCUCGCUAACGGUUCGUCAUCGAAUGGGAGCGAUUGAAGGUGGAAUCGUUUCUUUGCAUGAGCUCACGGCUUUGAAGGAGGUCCAGUUAGAUCUGCAGAUGUUUGCGGCCCCGCCAUCAGCCAGUGACUUCCGAUCGAGGUUCGGGGGGCUCUCCUUGGCAGCAGACGCUGAAUCGAACAUAAAUGGCAUCCUACCAUUGUCUCAGAUCCUCCCGAUUGGCAUGGAGCGUGUAAGCUUGGUCAUGCAUGCAGGGCAUGGUAUUGAGCAUGGACAGAGUGAGCUGGACAUUGUUCGAAAGCAGCUACGAACACUCAAGGCUCUUUUCGCUGCGGACCUCACAAUAUCACAUCGGUGCUUGCAGCAGGUCAUUCUGCGGCAUGACGGACAAGCCAUAGAUUUGGGCAUGCAUACGAUCGUUGGCCAAAGUGGCAAACGCAGUGAUGUAUCAUUGGAGUCGCAGGUCGCGCGUCUGCUGAGAGGAACUGGAGUGGUGGGCGUACUGAUUGAUGACAGCCAUGAUGCUUUUGAGUCUAUGCCGUGGGAGAACGGAGACGAAUAUUGA